AUGGCCGUCUUCUCCCUCAUCAUCAUCAACAAAGCCGGUGGCUUAAUCUACCAGCGCGAAUUCCAGCCGGGCCUACGCAAACUUUCUACAAACGACUACCUCGUCCUAGCAGGGACGUUUCACGGCGUCCACGCCAUCACCCGCUCCAUCACCCCCAAAAUCCCCAUCUCUUCUCCCCUCCCAACGACACCCGCUUCCUCGAACGUCGCCCUCUCGUCGCCCUCAGGCACAUCCACCCCGACACCGGCGGCGUCGGCAUACAGCCUUCCUAAUCCCGGCGCACCAGUGACGGGCCUGGAGUCGCUCGAGACGGAUAAGUUCCGGUUAACGUGUUUCCAGACGUUGACGGGGACCAAGUUCCUUUUGUUCACGGAUCCGCUCAUGGCGAAUAUUGAUGCGGUGAUGAAGAAGAUCUACGAGUUAUAUUCGGACUAUGUGAUGAAGAAUCCUUUUUAUCAGCUGGAGAUGCCUGUCCGGUGUGAGGCGUUUGAUCGACAUCUAGGUGGUUGGUUGCGGGGGAGGACAUGA